AUGAAAAAUCUUUCAGAAGAACUCUUCCAUUGGAAUUUGCUGAAGAAGCAAGAAGAAACCCUUACGAAGCAAAGAGAGGAAAUGACCAAGGAAAAUAAUCUCUUGUAUGAAACUCUGGAGGAGAAGAAAAAGAAAAUUGUUGAGGAAAGGGAAAAAUUUGUUCAAGAGAUUUCAGAAUUCAAUACUGAAUACGACUUACUAAGUAACAGAAUCAUUACAAUUGAAAGCAAAGCAAAAUCAAAAGUAUUUGAUUUGGAUACAGAAGCUACACACCUGAAAAAUGAAAUGAAAUGUCUUGAACAAAAAAAUGUUCAUUUGAAUGCUCUCGAAAAACAGAAAAAUGAAUUAAAAGAAGAAAUUCAUCAACUUCAGAGAAAAUUUCAAGGUAUUGAAGAUGAACUGACUACAGUUAUUUUUAACACAAAGGCUUUGGAAGAAGAAAAAGUAAAAAUUUGUCAAAAACCACAAACAGACCCUGAGUUUUUACGGUUAAAAAAAGAAUUGGAAUUACACAAGGAAGGUGAUUUGGAAAGUUUCUGUGAGGCCCUUCGGGCAGAGAUACAAUAUUUGCAAAUGGUAACCGACAGAAACUCCAAGAAACGUUUGUCACCUUUGUUGCCAGAUGCUGUAGUAAAGGGCAUGAGUGUCAUUUCUCUGGAGGAACCGGUGGAGUGGCUACUUAAGGAGAUAAUUGUCUCUACCCUUAUCAAAGCUUUCAAAAAUGAUGAAGGCAAGAAAAAGGACCAUAUUAUACCAGCUUUGAUGGAAGAUGGAUGA